CAGUUUUUCCUCAGUGUCUUCGUCCCAUUUCAUCAAACAUGCUUAACACACUCACAUCUACAGUGCACAGCUGUCUCUUUCAGUUAUAUCCAUAAUCUGGUGAUCUACCAAUUAAUUUGAUGGUGCUUCAAGUAAAAAUUUACAUAUAAAAUGAUAUAUACAUUGCAUAUGGUGCAAAGCAGGAAUCAACUAACCAUCCCAGGGUGUACAUUCAGUCACACACAGACAGUUCAGGCACUCCAGUUUACUUAAGUUCCAUGGUUUUGGACAGUGGAAGGAUCUGCUGAAAAGCCACACGCACACAGAGUGGACAUGCAGACUCCACACACACAAAACGGGGGUGUGCUAACAACAUGCACGAAAACUAAUGUUUAUCACCAUGGCUUUUGCAUGGGCUCUGCAUCAUAACCAUUCCUGUCUUUGCUCUUGGACUCACUCAUAGACGAUCAUCUAACCAAGUUUAAUCACAACACCUCUACUUAUAUUGGUGCACAAAGGCAAAACAUUAACUUCAUAUAUCACCAAAACUGAGUAAUGACCAAAAUCGGGUCUCCUACAGUCUUUUAUCUCAUGAUAAAUUUCUGAGUUCGGCUAUGCUUGCUUCGGAGGAAAACAAAUUGUGAAAAUUACAGUGACUACAAAAUUCAUAAUAAAACCAAAGCAAAAUACCCUCAUCAAAGCAAAAUGAUUUGACAUUGUCAGAAUGUCAGUGUAAGUAUCUGCUCGCGAUCGCCAGAAUUCUGAUUGGCAGCCAUUUCCCACUUUCUCACUGGUCACCAGCGGAUCAUUUAUAUGCGCUUCUUAAGAUCAAGACACACAAAACGGGCAAGAAAUGACAACAUAAUCAUUAACUGGGAACCAAAAAUACAACAAUGUCAUAUCACUGCAAUUUAUGGAAUAUAUUCUUGAAUUAUUCUGAAAGCCUUGUAUGUGGUGGUCUACGAGAUAAUCAUUUAAAUACAUUGUUUUGGAUGUAAAAAAAAAAUCACUGAGAAACUGCGUAAUCAAUUUUGAUCAACAAGACUUGACUGAUAAUUACGCCAAAUGAACCGUAUAUGACCACCUGCAUAAAUGUACUGAAAUAUUUAGGAACCAGUGAGAACCUUUGUUUUGCUGUACACAAGUAACUUUAUUGGUGUAGGGAAUGCAGUCUUUGUAAAUUGCGAAUGUUAAUUGUCAUUUGAGAAAUGUGCCAAAGGCACUCAUGUUUUGACAUAAACCACAAUGCGGAAUACAUUUAAUGGAAAAUAUUUAUUUUAAAAAAUCACUUUCAUAGAUGGGUUAACAUGUUAGUUGAUAAACAUCUUGAACAAAAUAUCAUAGACAUGACUACCGUAACGACCUUAAAACAAGUGCCGGUGACGUCACGUCGCACGUGAUGGUCCUCCCAUAUCCCAGAAUCCCUUGUUUUCGGAAGUUUAUCACGAGAUUCUCCUCGUCCUGUCCGAUGUCGAUUGUAGCUGUAGUUGCCGUGUAGAAUGUCAAUGAUGGAGGAUGAAGAGCUGGAAUUUGCAGAUGAUUUGGAUGCAAUUCUGCAUCUUACGCCCGAAGUGCAGCAGGCUAUCGAACAGGUUUUCCCUAGUCAGGAUCCAUUGGACAGAGCAGAUUUCAAUGCUGUGGAAUAUAUCAACACCCUUUUCCCCACAGAGCAGUCUCUAGCCAACAUUGAUGACGUGGUGAACAAGAUUCGUUUGAAAAUUCGGCGCCUGGAUGACAACAUCCGGACUGUGGUGAGGGGUCAAACAAACGUGGGACAGGAUGGCAGGCAGGCUCUGGAGGAGGCUCAGAUAGCAAUCCAGCAGCUCUUCAGCAAAAUCAAAGACAUCAAGGACAAGGCAGAGAAGUCGGAACAAAUGGUGAAGGAGAUAACGCGAGACAUUAAGCAGCUGGACCACGCCAAGCGCCACCUCACCACCUCCAUCACCACCCUGAACCACCUGCACAUGCUGGCGGGGGGAGUGGACUCGCUGGAGGCCAUGACACGCAGGCGGCAGUACGGAGAGGUAGCUAACCUGCUGCAGGGCGUGGUCAACGUGCUGGAGCACUUCCAGAAGUACAUGGGCAUCCCGCAGAUCCGCCAGCUCUCCGAGAGGGUGAAGGCGGUACAGAGUGAGCUGGGCACUCAGAUAUUGGCCGACUUCGAGGAGUCUUUUCCCUCUCAGGGGUCAAAGAAACCUGGGGGUCCCAGCAACGUCUUGAGGGAUGCCUGCCUGGUGGCCAACGUCUUGGAGCCCCGGAUCAAGCAGGAGAUCAUCAAGAAGUUCAUCCGCCAGCACCUCUCGGAGUACUUGGUGCUGUUCCAGGAGAACCAAGAUGUGGCCUGGUUGGACAAAAUAGACCGGAGGUAUGCCUGGAUUAAACGGCAACUGGUGGAUUAUGAGGAGAAGUACAGCCGCAUGUUCCCGGCAGAGUGGUGCAUGACGGAGCGGAUCGCUGUGGAGUUCUGCCAUGUCACCAGGGCGGAGCUGGCCAAGCUGAUGCGAGCCCGCGCCAGGGAGAUCGAGGUGAAGCUACUUCUCUUCGCCAUCCAGCGGACCACCAAUUUCGAGGGGUUGCUCAUCAAGCGUUUCUCAGGCUGCACUCUGAACGACGGCGUGCCGAAAAAGGUGGAAUCUCCCCUCGACGCAACCAACCCCUUCCUGGAAGACGAGCCUGGGGACGAGUCUGUGUCGGAAAAGGAGGAGGAGCUGGACAAGCCCAGAAAGCCAAAGGCCCCAGAGAACCCGUUUCACGGCAUCGUGUCCAAGUGCUUUGAGCCCCACCUGUAUGUGUACAUCGAGUCGCAGGAUAAGAACCUGGGCGAGCUGAUCGACCGCUUCGUGGCGGACUUCCGUGCCCAGGGCCCGCCCAAGCCGGGCUCGGAGGAAGGGGGCGCCGUGCUGCCCAGCUGUGCCGACCUCUUCGUGUACUACAAGAAGUGCAUGGUGCAGUGCUCACAGCUGAGCACUGGCGAGCCCAUGAUUGCCCUCACCACCAUCUUCCAGAAGUACCUGCGCGAGUACGCCUGGAAGAUCCUGUCUGGGAACCUGCCCAAGAACAGCAGCAGUUCAGGUGGUGGACUCACCAUCAGCAGCCUUCUGAAAGAGAAGGAGGGCUCAGAGGUGGCCAAGUUCACGGUGGACGAGCUGUGCUUGGUCUGCAGCAUCCUGAGUACUGCAGAGUACUGCCUGGCCACCACCCAACAGCUGGAGGAGAAGCUGAAGGAGAAGGUAGAGAAGUCUCUAGCUGAGAGAAUCAACCUGACGGGUGAGAUGGACACCUUCAGCACCGUGAUCUCCAACAGCAUCCAGCUGCUGGUCCAGGACCUGGAUGCAGCUUGUGACCCGGCCCUCACCGCCAUGAGUAAGAUGCCCUGGCAGAGUGUGGAGCACGUUGGAGACCAGAGUCCCUAUGUCACCUCCAUCAUCAUGCACAUCAAGCAGAACGUCCCCAUCAUCCGUGACAACCUAGCCUCAACCCGCAAGUACUUCACCCAGUUCUGCAUCAAGUUCAUCAACUCAUUCAUCCCGAAGUUCAUCAACCACCUGUUCAGGUGUAAACCUGUUAGUAUGGUUGGAGCUGAGCAGCUGCUGCUGGACACGCACUCGCUGAAGACCGUCUUGCUGGACCUGCCGUCAAUCGGGUGCCAGGUGCUCCGCAAGGCCCCCGCCAGCUACACCAAGAUAGUGGUGAAGGGUAUGACGCGGGCGGAGAUGAUCCUCAAGGUGGUCAUGGCCCCCCAUGAGCCGCCCGUGGUGUUUGUGGACAACUACAUCAAGCUCCUCGCUGACGGUAACCCAGAGACCUUCCAGAAGAUUCUGGACAUGAAGGCCCUGAAGCGCAGUGAACAGAGCAGCAUGCUGGACCUCUUCAGACAGAGGCUACCAACCCCACCAUCAGGGGGCGACAGCGGGCCGACUCUGUCUUUCAGCGCCCCGACUCCUGAACAAGAGUCCUCCCGUAUUCGGAAACUGGAGAAACUAAUUAAGAAGAGACUGUGAAGUGGGGAUAUGCCCCCUCCCCUGGCUUUCCAAACACGGCUGAGCAUAUAGGUGUCCUGUUUUAUGUUUUUUGGGGGGUUGAUUGACACUGAGAAAUGCCUUUUAAAUUACACCAUUUUUAUUUAUUGUAGUUGUACUUUUCUGCGCUAAAAUUCCUGUAAAGAUGAGAUUCCUUUAGUGUUCCUGGAGUGCAUACACAUGUCCGAUUUCCUUUAUCCAGACUGAAUUAUAGAAGCUGGGCUGUUUUUUUCCCAUCUCCUGUGAACUUUGAUCUUCCUUAACUCGGUAUUUUCACUCUUGAAAUCAGUGGAUACUGGGGACUCAUUUAUGCUUUGAAGGGGGCAGAUAGCGCAGGAUCGCCAUGAGCUUCCAGUGAGUCCCCAGUGAGCCACCAGGCCUUUCUGCUGGAAGCUGUGCGUGUCCCGUACCUUUACCGCUGUUUGUUCACCUGGGGGGGGGGGGGGGGGUUCUUUUCCUCAUACUGUGGCUCUUUAUUCCUCUUUUCCUCUAGUGUUCUUGAUUGCUCGCAAAGUUGGAAAGCGGGACCGACCUGGUGCCAAUCAGGAGUUACUUAACGGGUGCGUGUGUAUGACCCUUACGCCGAUGUAAUCUAUACCCUGUCGGCAAUGGCGUCUGUUUCACUGCAGCACAGUUAAUUGAAAAGGCUUCCUGGACUAUGAGGAAAGUAACAAAAAGCCACGCAUGUCUGUGUCGAUUCCUCUGAACCCAGUAGAAAGCUGGGAAACCAUUCAAGGCCUAAAGCAGAAAUGUGUGCACUCUUUACUGGGAUUUCCAGAAGUGUAUUGGAACGCCCCCACUCUAUUUUGCAUCCCUGCCCGGCAGAGAGAGACCUCUCAGACCACACUGUAGCGAGGAGCACAUGAGGUGGCUUUCAUUCUUGUGUCAUACUCAAUACCGUAAGGCAGAGUUCCCCAGUUCGGUCCGGGAGAGCCAGAAUUCAACAUGGUUUGCCGAUUUCCUUGCUGAAACGCAUCAUAAUCAGGUAAUUGCCAGGUUUCAUAUGUGUAUUUGAACAGGGAGAUCUGCAAAUCGUGCUGGAUUUUGCCCCCCCCCCCCCCCCCCCCAGCAAGGAAUUUAGGACCCCUGCCUGGAGGAGGAUGCUUAAAAUCCCUUUGCAGUUAUUAAUUUGCCCUAAAACGUGUGGGUUCCAAUGAAUGAUCAAUAAUAGUAGUUCAUGAUUGUUGCUGCAUACAUUCCUGCCUUUCGUUUGUAAAAUGAAAAUUCCUUUGACGACAGCAGUGUAGCUCACAUGUGCUUGCUGUACAUUACAAGACACUAAUAAAAAUUCCAAAGGAUGAUA